UCCCAGCAGCAGGUGGGCGGGGUUUCUCUGAGCGCAGGUGUGUGUGUUGUGGUGUGAGUACAGGUGUGAAGUGAAAGGUGAGUAUGCAGUAUGUAGUGUUCUGGCUCUGUGCCCCCUGGUUCUGGUUUUGGUGGUUCUGCUGGUUCUGGACUCUGAGGCAGCGGGAACUAGCAGAGGGAGUGUCCGCCUCCCGCCGCCCCAAAGCCCGCCCCAGUCCCAGCGCCGCCCGGUCCGGCCCAGCCCAGCCCAGCCGGGUCUGCCCAGAGCUUAUCCGAACACAUGCAGCAGCCAUGCAGUCCCUGUGCUGGACCGCUCUCCUGCUGCAGCUGGGCCUGCUGCUCGGUACCGGGCUCGAGCUGCCGGUUUGGUCUGAACCCACUGAUACCGAGGAGAUCGACUACAAGGACCCGUGCAAAGCCGCCGCGUUCCUGGGGGACAUCGCUCUGGACGAGGAGGAUCUUCGCUAUCUCAGACUGGACCAGGCUGGACCGGCUAGCUCUAACACCACUGACCCAGAAAACACAACACUAGGAUACGGACCCACAGAGGCUAACGCUAACAGCAGCAGGGGCAACGGGUCGGUCUGGGAUGGGACGGAUCUUCCCCGCAGGAGGAGAGCGGCCACCGCCCGGUCCGAGAGGGUGUGGCCUGAUGGGGUCAUCCCGUAUGUCAUCAGCGGAAACUUCAGUGGCAGCCAGAGGGCGAUCUUUAAGCAGGCCAUGCGUCACUGGGAGAAACACACCUGCGUCACUUUCACUGAGCGAGCCGGAGAGGAGAGCUACAUCGUCUUCACCUACAGACCAUGCGGCUGUUGUUCGUAUGUGGGGCGGCGGGGCGGGGGUCCUCAGGCCAUCUCCAUCGGCAAGAACUGCGACAAAUUCGGCAUAGUGGUUCACGAGCUGGGUCACGUGAUCGGCUUCUGGCACGAACACACGCGACCCGACCGAGAUGCACACGUCAGCAUCAUCAGAGAGAACAUCCAGCCAGGGCAGGAGUAUAAUUUCCUGAAGAUGGAGCCGGGGGAGGUGAAUUCGCUGGGGGAGGUGUAUGAUUUCGACAGCAUCAUGCAUUACGCUCGCAACACCUUCUCCAGAGGCAUUUUUCUGGAUACGAUUCUGCCACGCUAUGAUGUAAAUGGGGCCCGGCCUCCGAUUGGUCAGCGGACAAGGCUAAGUAAAGGGGACAUCGCUCAGGCCAGGAAACUCUACAAUUGUCCCAAGUGCGGUGAAACUCUGCAAGAAAGUUCUGGGAACUUCUCGUCUCCUGGGUUCCCCAACGGCUACAGCGCAUAUUCCCACUGCAUCUGGAGCAUCUCCGUCACCCCAGGCGAGAAGAUCGUCCUGAACUUCACCUCCAUGGACCUGUACCGGAGCCACCUGUGCUGGUAUGAUCACGUGGAGGUUCGAGACGGGUACUGGAGAAAAGCUGCUUUGAAAGGUCGUUACUGUGGAGACCAGCUUCCAGAGCCAAUCAUCUCCACAGACAGUCAGCUGUGGGUGGAGUUUCGCAGCAGCAGUAACUGGGUGGGGAAGGGAUUCUCUGCUGUAUAUGAAGCAAUUUGUGGAGGGUCUGUUAAGAGGGACAGUGGUCAGAUCCAGUCGCCAAACUACCCCGACGACUAUCGCCCGAAUAAAGUGUGUGUGUGGAAGAUAACGGUGGCUCAGGGAUUCAACGUGGGGCUUCACUUCCAAUCGUUUGAGGUUGAGCGUCACGACAGCUGUGCGUACGACUAUCUGGAGGUUCGGGAUGGAAAUUCUGAGAGCAGCCCGCUGAUUGGACGAUUCUGUGGCUACGACAAACCUGGCGACAUUAAGAGCAGUUCCAACCGGCUGUGGAUGAAGUUUGUCUCUGAUGCUUCUGUCAACAAAGCGGGAUUCUCUGCUAACUUCUUUAAAGAGACGGAUGAGUGUGCCAGGCCUGAUAGAGGGCAAUGUAAGCAGCGCUGUAUAAACACUCUGGGUAGUUAUCGCUGUGGGUGUGAUCCAGGAUUUGAACUGGCCUCGGACCGUCGCAGCUGCGAGGCAGCUGCGUGUGGGGGGUUUAUUACGAAGCUGAACGGCUCCUUCAGCAGCCCCGGCUGGCCCAAAGAGUACCCCCCCAAUAAGAACUGUGUGUGGCAGCUGGUGGCGCCGGCACAGCACCGCAUCACUCUGCUGUUCGACAGUUUCGACGUGGAGGGCAAUGAUGUGUGUAAGUAUGAUUAUGUGGAGGUACACAGUGGUCUCUCUUCCGACUCCAAGCUCCAUGGCAGGUUCUGCGGUUCUACUAAGCUAGACCCGAUCACCUCCCACUCCAACAACAUGCGGAUCGAGUUCAAGUCCGACAACACCGUCUCCAAACGAGGCUUCAAGGCUCACUUCUUCUCUGAUAGGGAUGAAUGCUCGAAGGAGAACGGCGGCUGUCAGCACGAGUGCGUCAACACCUUCGGGAGCUACACCUGCCAGUGUCGCAUCGGAUUCUCCCUGCAUGAUAAUAAACACGACUGCAAGGAAGCCGGCUGUGAUCAGGUCAUCACCAGUGUUUCCGGCACCAUCACCAGCCCCAACUGGCCAGAUAAAUACCCCAGUAAAAAAGCCUGUAGCUGGGCCCUGUCCACCACACCUGGACACCGCAUCAAACUGGCGUUUAAUGAGAUAGAUAUGGAGAGUCAUCUGGAGUGCUCGUAUGAUCAUGUGGAGGUGUAUGAUGGUGGUAACGGGAGGGCUCCCAGUCUGGGUCGGUUCUGUGGGGGUAAAAAGCCUUCGCCGGUCUUCUCCAGCAUGAACACGAUGUUCCUGCGCUUCUUCUCUGAUAACUCCGUUCAGAAGAGAGGAUUCCAGGCUUCUCAUAGCUCAGAGUGUGGUGGAGGUCUGAAGGCGGAGGUGAAGACUCGGGAUUUUUACUCUCAUGCUCAGUUCGGGGAUAAUAACUACCCCGCGGCAGCGGACUGUGAGUGGGUGAUCUCGGCGGAGAAGGGUUACGGGGUGGAGCUUAUCUUCCAGACCUUCGAGCUGGAGGAGGAGGCGGACUGUGGAUACGACUUCGUAGAUCUGUUCGACGGAUCCGACGCUAAAGCUCCACGACUCGGACGCUACUGCGGAUCCGGGCCCCCAGAGGAAAUCUACUCAGCCGGCGACGCCAUCGUUCUCAGGUUCCACUCAGACGACUCCAUCAGUAAGAAGGGCUUCCACGUUCGCUACACCAGUACAAAGUUUCAGGACACACUGCACACCAGUAAGUGAAUACCAGUUCUCAAACUGGGGGAGGAGCUUCGGUAAAGAAGAACACAGCACGGAUUUUAACUGGUUUUAACACUUUUAGCUCUGAAAGGAGGGGCGGAGCAGCCAUAAGAGGGCGGGGCAUGACCACACAGUGCCCCCUAGCGAGUCUGUCAAGGUUUAUGUAUAGCAUGAUUUUAAACUGAUGGUGAGUGAGCGAGUGAGGGAUGACCCAUGUUGCUGAUAAAUGGGCGGAGCCAUGGAGUAAGCACCCAGACCUCUCCAGGCUCCGCCCACUGCUGUGUUUCUUAAUAGGUACUGUUGGGAGACUGGAGCUCCGCCUGCCUCUCUCUCACACCUCCAGGAUCUUCUGCCCAAAGAUUGAGAUGUUUGAGAGUUUUUUUUAAUUUGUGAGAUUUUCACAUAUUUUUGGCUGGUUUAUAAAAAUCUCCUGCACUUAAACUGAGAGAAUUGUGAUCAAACACACACUGAUCAGUGUUACAGGAAAAAAAGAAGGAUAAUCAGUGUUAUUUUAAAGAACUAAUAAAAAAAAACUCUUUCAAAAUUAA